GCAGUGCCAGCUCCUACGUCAAUUCCCUGCGACGUCGGAGUGUGAGCCAUGUGAGAGGCGAUUCCCUUGAAGAUUAGAUAAACAACCGCAGUGGCGAAGGCCUUUUUACACCUCCAAACGUGUUGUUUUGCUUGUUUUAGUACCGAGUCGGACGUGAAUUGCGAGAAGGACGGGUUAAUAUCGGAUCGACGCUUUUUCCGGAUCAUGCCCCACGACCCCGAUCCUCCACCGGCCAAGAAAUUUAAGCCGGGCUCCCCUUUUUUCCCAGCAAACAAGAAGCCUGGAAUGCUGCUCCCAAAGAAGGGAAAUGCGCCCAGUCCAAUAGACGUGCAAAGAAAACAGCUUCCUAUUUACCAGGCCAAAUCUCAGCUCAUCGAUCAGCUCAGACAGCUCCACAAUGCGGUGUUAAUCGGAGAGACAGGCUCGGGAAAAACCACACAGAUCCCACAGUACCUCUAUGAAGCAGGCAUCGGUCGGCAGGGCAUCAUCGCAGUCACUCAGCCUCGACGUGUGGCUGCCAUCUCGCUGGCGGGACGAGUGGCCGAGGAAAAGAGAACUCAGCUUGGAAAACUGGUUGGCUACACGGUACGAUUCGAGGACGUGACGUCCCUGGAAACCAAACUGAAGUUUAUGACUGAUGGCAUGCUGCUGAGAGAGGCGAUUGGAGACCCCCUGCUUUUGCGCUACACGGUUGUGAUCCUAGACGAAGCUCACGAGCGCACCGUCCAUACUGAUGUCCUCUUUGGCGUGGUCAAGAGCGCCCAGCGCAAACGCAGAGAGCAUAAUAAGAUCCCUCUAAAGGUCAUCGUGAUGUCCGCCACCAUGGACGUGGAUCUGUUCUCUCAAUAUUUUAAUAAGUCUCCUGUGUUGUACCUGGAGGGUCGCCAGCACCCGAUUCAGAUCUAUUAUACCAAGCAGCCGCAGUCUGAUUACCUGCACGCGGCGCUGGUGUCCAUCUUUCAGAUUCACCAGGAAGCUCCUCUGUCUCAUGACAUCCUGGUGUUCAUGACGGGGCAGGAGGAGAUUGAAGCUCUGGCUCGAACGUGUCGGGACAUCGCCAAACACCUGCCUGAAACCUGCGGGCCCAUGAUUGUGAUCCCUCUGUACGCAUCACUUCCUCCUGCCCAGCAGCUCAGGGUCUUUCAACCUGCACCUAAGGGUUGCCGGAAGGUCAUCCUGUCAACCAACAUCGCAGAGACGUCCAUAACUAUUUCUGGAAUUAAAUACGUCAUUGAUACAGGAAUGGUGAAGGCAAAGCGCUAUAACCCAGACAGCGGUCUGGAGGUGUUAGCCGUGCAGCGGGUGUCCAAAGCGCAGGCCUGGCAGCGGGCAGGAAGGGCAGGGAGAGAGGACUCCGGCUCCUGUUAUCGCCUCUACACUGAAGACGAGUUCGACAACCUCGCAAACAUGACUGUACCUGAAAUACAACGGUGUAAUCUGGCUGGUGUCAUACUGCAGCUGUUGGCUCUGGGUGUUCCUGAUGUGCUCAACUUUGACUUCAUGUCCAAGCCGUCACCUGAGUCGCUGCGAAUGGCUGUGGAGCAGCUAGAUCUCCUCGGAGCUGUGGAUAGAAAAGAUGAUCAGGUUUUCCUCACUCCUCUGGGCAAGAAGAUGGCCUACUUUCCCCUGGAACCUCGAUUUGCUAAAACCAUCCUGAUUUCUCCAGACUUUUCCUGUACCGAGGAGAUUCUGACCAUUGUCUCUCUGCUCUCUGUGGACUCCGUGCUCUACAACCCCCCUGCCCGCCGAGACGAGGUGCUUGCUGUGCGCAAAAAAUUCAUCUCCAGCGAAGGAGAUCACAUGACCCUGCUGAACAUCUACAGGGCCUUCAAGAAAGUCAGUGGAAAUAAGGAGUGGUGUAGGGAGAACUUUGUCAACAGCAGAAACAUGGGUCUGGUUGCGGAAGUCCGAGCCCAGCUGAGGGACAUUUGCCUUAAGCUGGGACUGAAGCUAGAAUCCUCACUGUCUGAACUGGCUAACGUGCGGCGCUGCCUGGCACACGGCAUGUUCGCCAACGCAGCUGAGCUACAGCCAGACGGCUCCUACGUAGCUCUGGACACCCACCAGACCAUCGCCAUCCACCCGUCCUCCGUCCUGUUCCAGGCCAAGCCGGCCUACGUGGUGUUCAACGAGCUCCUGCAUACGUCACGCUGCUACAUGCGGGACCUGUGCCUGGUGGACGCCGACUGGCUCCAGGAAGCAGCGCCGGAGUAUUUCCGCCGUAAACUCCACACAGUGAAGAGCUAGUACACCUCAGGGGUGCUUUAUCGAAUUUAAAAGCAAAUUGCAUGAACAUCCAGACCAUGUUGGAACGGAUAGCGCAAGUAGGUCUUGAAGAUGUUUCGCCGUUCGUCUGAGACGCUUCGUAUAUAUUUUUGUUUUGAGUGAGAAUACUGAACAGGGUGUCGGGGGGGGGGGAUUUUUGACGAUUCCUCUUAACGAAGCCUCUCGGAGGACUGGCAAAACCUUUUCAAGGUAUCAGAAAUCCCGAUGCAUUCGACUACACGUUGACGCCAUAACAGAGGAUUUGUUCACCUUUCACCGAACACUGGAUAAUGGAUAAAGGCGACGCUUGAACGUACUCAUCUUUAAAGAGUAGAAAACAUGAAUAGUUGAUGGGAAUGACGUUCCUAAAACAACUAGUUUUGCUGUUCUUUGUACAAACGAUGCAUUUUGCACAUCCUCCAAUAGCUUUUGACUAAUUUGUGGCUUCUCCGGUGGUUUGAUACCGGAAGCUUUUUUUCUACUUGCCUGUUUCUACAGCCAGUUUAGUUGGAUGCAUAAUAGGUGAGCUUACUUUAUGAAUUAUGAAUGCUUGCAUGUUUACUUUAAUCACGUGGCAGCCUCGGCUCAUGACGAGCGGCCGGACUAGUUUCUCAGACUAGUUUGCUGACCCGUGUGUUUCCGUGAGCAGGGGCCCACAUGUUGACUGGAUGCUUGGUGUUUAACCACGGCCUUAAUAUUACGUCUCGUAUUACCGACACCCAGUUUCAGACCAUUUUAAACUUUGUUUUUUUAUACUGAAUCUAUUAUACGGGCAUUUAUUAUAAACGGGAUCUGAAACACCACUAGAUCUUUCUAGCUGAUUAAUGGCUAACGCGUAGUUGAUGUCUAAUGAAAAACAGAGAAUUUCGAGAUGCAGUUACUUUGUACACUUUAUAGAAAAUAACAGUGUUGUAUGCCCACGUUGUUGGUUGUGAAGGACAGAAAUGAUGGAUGAGAAAACCACAGUGUUCUACUAGAAGUUAAAGGCCAGGCUUCGAGUCCUAAGGCAACGAUUUGCCAUUUGAUGAUCCCUCUUCAUCUGCUCGAAUAUGAUUUGCUACAUCAAUUUAAUAUCAUCGAUACGUGAACAAAAUAUUGAUUGGUCAUAGAGAAGGAUUAGUUUCUAAGUAUCAGAGUUACACACAAAUCAUCUUGCUAUCCUAUUCAUUGGCUAUUCAUAGAUUUUUUAAAACAUAUACCAGUUGAUCCUUUUUUCGAAAACGAUCGAUUUAUAAUAAUUGGAAACAUCGUUUUAUGAUCGUUGCAUUGAUUUACUUCAAUCCUUGCCUUUUAAAUCAAUACAUUGAUCCAGAUCAUCAGAUUGCUGCACCCUUAUGUGGAUGAAAUUGGCGGAAGCUGUUCUGUAACUAGAAAUGCAAAGAAUUAUAUCCUCUAGCUUCAGAAAGCCAGACCGAACUUAAAAAACAAGUCCUUUCCUCAGCCCCCUAAAGCAUCUCAAAAUUUAAAUCGUAUAAUCCGGAUAGAGAGAGGGUUGAAUCUGAUGCCCACUCUACCAUUUCACCCCAGAACUCCGCUCUGAUUAUUUGGAUGUUGGUUUAAAAAUCCUAUGGAGCCACAAAAGACCAGAGUUUCUCCUCGAAGCAGAUUUUAUUGACGAUUUUUAUGUGCUACACUGGACUGAUUCAGAGCAUCACUCUUGCUAAGCUAUGCAUGCCUUUCUAUAAAAAUUUGUACAUCAUUUACACUCGCUCUAUCUUGACACGAUAUACCUGCUACACAUUACAAGUACUUUCUCGGUCGAUAUGCUAUGCAUGAUGUAUGAUUAACACAGAAUAAGGCCACUCAGGUUUCUCUGGAAUGCUGAAUAUACCUCAAAUAUACAUAUAUAUUUAGUGUAUAUAGUCAUAAAAAUGGUUCAGAGAUUUUGUUUAUCGUGUAGAGAGCAUGGACCUUCAUUUAAACUAUCCAAGCUAUGACUUGACACUUCCACAUCCCAAAUAUGCUCGAUGUUCAUUUUUACUUUCUUGUUGUUGUUGUUGUUGUUGUUGUUGUUGUUUACACCCCCACCCCCCCUCAAGCAGCUUUCGAAAUGAUAGGGUGAGUUCUUGUGCCUUCGCAGAAGGUUGUUCAAAAAUAAUCUACCAAAUAAAUGACAGGCAAAAAAUGACAUCAUGAAAGCAAUGUGGAUUUUCUUUGGCAGUCCGCUUCUCUGUUAACAUGGAACUUUCCACAGGAGGAAGGCGGUGUGCGAGGUUUUCAGGAAAUGCAUGAGUCAUGGCUUUACUUAUUUUUGUCUUCUUCGGGUGUUGUCUGUUUCUGCGUACAGAAUACUGCUGUCUGAACAUGCUUGAAUUUUUGAUAAAGACCUAGGUUUAGUGAAACAUGUCCUUAUAAGGCAGCAAAAUAAAUUUGCAUCAUAAAAAAAUCCACCCUAAACCGCUUGCAUAUUAAAGAUUUUCUUUAAUUUAAACUUUUUUUUUCCCCACAGACAUUUUCAGCUUAAGUAGCCUAUAUUUGUCACAUAUACAUUACCGCACAGUGAAAUUCUUUCUUCGCAUAUCCCAUCCUUGGGGCUUGGGGUCAGAGUGUAGGGUCAGCCAUGAUACAGCGCCCCUGGAGCAGAGUGAGUUACUCAAGGCCAGGCAGUGGCAGCUUGGCGGUGCUGGGGCUUGAACCCCAAUUUUCUGGUCAAUGACCCAGAGCCUGAUUAACCUUUGUUAAAUGUUUCCUACAUUACCCACAAUUCCAUCCGACUACCAUCUUAAAGAGGAGCCAGUAGGAUUUAGCGCUUAUUUCAUGUCCACUUACAGAGAGCGAUGCAGUGACGCUUUAUUCCUUCGGUUUGUCCGGCUCUUUCACUUCCUCAUCUGUACACUCUUCCAAAGUCACAUGCUUACACAGCCGUCAAGGCUAAUGUGCUUGUCAUUAUGCCAAUCACUGAUUAGCCAAGUCCAUUACAUUUCUGAUAUGUGGCAGACACCCUUAUCCAGAGCGACUUACAUUUUGUUUGUUUUUAUACAACUGAGCAAAAUUGAGAGUUAAGGGCCUUGCUCAGGUGCCCAAUAGUGGCUGUUUGGUGGACCUGGGAUUCAAGCUCACAGUCCUUCUGAUCAGUAGUCCAGAACCUUAACCACUGAUCUACCACAUAGUCUAGCCAUAACUGAUACAACUGCAUUGUAUAGAUGCAUCGUAUUCUAAAUUUCCACUGCUUUAUUAAAAUUUCUUACGUUA